GUUAUGAUUUUAAUCUUUUUCUGCUUGCCUUUUUUUAAUCUGGCCCGUUACCUCAUACUUGCAUUGCAUUGCACGCCUACGAGAGAAAGACAUAAACGUCGUAUAUCCUCGAUCGUCAACACGAAUACCCCUCCAAUGGUUGGUCAGCUAUAUAAAAGGUGACUUAACGUGGAUACCAUUUGAUUAUUCAACUUUUACUGACGCAGAAGAAAAUACGCGGUGAAGAAAAUGGCAAGAUAUUUGAUCCUUUUGGCAUUGUUGGUGACAGUGGUUUAUGCUGCUGAUAAAUAUCCUAGCAAGUAUGACGACUUUGACGUUGAUAAAAUUCUUCGAAACGAUCGUGUCCUUACCAGUUACAUUCGAUGUAUACUCGGCGAGGGUUCCUGCACUUCGGAAGGUCGCGAAAUGAAAAAAAUUCUACCUGACGCUCUUAGUACGAAUUGCAUUAAAUGCACUCAGAAGCAAAAAGAUAUUAUUGAAAAGGUCAGGAAUCAUCUUAAAGCAAGAAGACCGAAAGAUUGGGAUCGGCUAAUCGCUAAAUUCGAUCCACAAGGUGAAUACGAGAAACAGUUUGAUAGAUUGCAAAGCGGCAAGAAGGUUUAGUAAGAAACCAUGAUGUUACUCAUAAGAAAUAAUAGUAAUCAUCUAGAGAUAAUAUAGUAUAUAAUAUUAAUCAUAA